AUGGUGUCAGAAGUAAACACGGACACUUUUGAUCCUAUUCCCGCCAACGGACAUACGUGCAUCAUGUCGGAUGGAUUUCGCAGACCAGACCCCCUCGUCUUUGAUGAGAACAUCGCGGAGAAUUGGCGAGUGUUUGAACAGGAAUAUGACAUUUUUAUCGCGGCGGCACACUCUGACAAGUCGGCCCGCACACAAGCCUACAUUCUCCUCAAUCUAGCAGGAUCGGAGGCCAUUGAAAGGGAGAGGUCGUUCGUCUACACGCCCGCGGUGAGAGGACCCGACGUUGACGACGCACCGGGACACAUCAUCACUCCUGCAGAGUCAAAAGAGGACCCUGAAUGCUUGAAGAGGAAAUUCCGGGCAAUCUGCAGUCCCCGAAUAAACAUUAUAGUGGAGAGACACAAGUUCAAUGCACGGUUCCAAAACCAAGGUGAGACAUUCGAAUCAUAUGUCACAGAUCUAAAGAUAAAAGCAAAGAGCUGUAACUUUGGACCACUGCAAGACGAGCUCAUCCGUGACAGAUUGGUUUGUGGCAUAAAUGAUGACAAUCUGAGAAAAAUAAUGCUGCGUGACAGUGAGCUGACUCUGGCUAAAGCAAUCUCCGUGUGUCAAAUUUAUGAGCAAACAGAACAACACACCAGGGUAUUGUCGUCACCGCAUACUCCCACUAGUGUUGACAGUCUGCAGUACAAAUGUGGCAGGAAGCAGAGAUUUGAGCCACGACAGAGGGCGCAGACAGGGAGAAACGGUCAGCCCAUUGUCAACUGUAACAAUUGUGGUGGCAGCCAUGAUGCCAAGAGGGAAAGUUGUCCAGCUUUUGGUCAACAAUGCCACGCAUGCAAAAAAUGGAACCACUACAAGAAAUGCUGCAGGUCAGUGCAGAGAUACCCUAGGAUGCAGGGCUCCAGGGAGUCCGUCCACCACCUCGAACUGAACCAAGCCACGGGCAGCACUGCUGAAGAUGACUCAUUCUGUAUUGAUGGGAUAGCACCAGUUGUCGUACACACAAUAUGCUCAAAUGUGCAAGAAAAGAAUGUAGCGUUCGCCACCGUGCACAUCAACGGCAAAGCUGUCGAGAUGAAAGUCGACACGGGUGGACAGUGCAACGUUCUAUCCUAUGAUGCUUUCAAACAUGUGGAGAGCGGAGAACAGAUUGACCGCUCGAUAAUCACCAACCUUGUCGCAUAUGGGGGAAACAUGAUCAGCACCUUGGGCUCAGUCGUCUUACAAUGUCAGCUUGCAGGUCAGCAGUAUACACUACAGUUCCACAUUGUGGAGAGGAAUGUCCAGCCACUACUAGGCCUACCAGCAAGCCUGCGCAUGAAGCUAGUGAAACUGAGCAAGGAUGUUCACCAACUCAGUGUGAACACAGAGGCCAACCUGCCGCACAAGAUCUUCACAGAAGCGUCCACACUACAACAUGUAAACGAGCUGAACGACUUUGAGGUCAUGUCAGUCAGCCGAGUCUCAUCCAGCCGUUUAGACGAACUAAAGAGGCACACAGCAGAAGACGGACUACUGCAAAUCCUCUCUUCUGUCAUCACACAUGGAUGGCCCGUCAAACAGCAUAAUGCUCCACCAUCCAUCAGUUUUUUUUUUCCAUUCAGAGAUGAGCUCACCAUCGAGGAGGGUGUCGUCAUGAAAGCUGGGCUCACCUGCACAGAGACUAAUGUCAAGGCAGACCCGUACCACCCUCCCAGUCAGCAGACACAGCUAUUGCAACCAGCAUCCCUCAACACCAAACAAGUCACAGCCCAGCUCCAGAAGAAGAGGCUCUCCCAGAAGCUGAGCUAUGACAAGUCCAGCCGUCCUCUUCGUCCACUGCUGGAAGGCGAAGCGGUCCGGAUGCAGACCCCCCGGGGUUAUGAUCGCAUGGGCACAGUAGGAAAGAUCUGUGAAGAGCCGCGGUCUUACAUCAUCCAGUCUGGAGGCAGAGACUACAGGAGAAACCGCAGACACCUCCUGCCCGUCGCCGAGCGAUCUCCACAUCAACCUGACACUGUCGACCUGCAGCCCUUCAACCCAGCUGCCGGUGAAACACCUCCCAUCUACAGGGAGGAACAACGGGAUCCCAUGGACACUGUACCACCGCUGGUCCAGGUACCCGUAGCUAACUCUCCCGUCCACGCUGGCAAGAGCCCAUACACAACACGUUUUGGUCGUACAGUCAGAGCAAACCCCAAAUACAAAGACUGA